CCUUUCUUCUUUAUCUUCUUCUCUCUUUACAAUUCUCUGGGUGGAAAAUUCUCCUUUAUCCAGGCAAGAUGUCGGAUAAUGGUUUCAGAGAAAGCGAAAGGGAGCAGUCAUCUGAUUCUUCGUCAUACAAGGUUGAUCCUGGAAUACCAGCUUCACUGGCUUGGCAGCGCAAACUAAACUAUACACCAAAUACUCCUUCACAGUUCGCAUUAACAUAUCGUGACAUCAUACAAAUGAAAGCUCAUUUUGCUGUGGGUAUGGUUGAAUCCUCCUCUAGCAGCAGGGAAAUAUUUUUAUCGGGCCAGUAG